AUGGUUAUAAGAAGAAAUUUAGAAAUAGCUCUAACAAACUUGGAAACUAGAAUUAAGGAGUUAGAACAAAGUGACGAAGAGUUACGUUUACAAUUUAAAAAUUUAGAGGAAAAGUUUAAAAUGCGAGAAGAAACCAUUAAUAAUUUAGAAGAACUGAUUAAAGAGCAAGAAGAAGAAACCAAAGCAAAGCAAGAAACUAUUAAUAAUUUAGAAGAAAUGAUUAAAGAGCAAGAAGAAGAAGAAACAAAAACCAAGCAAGAAACUAUAAAUAAUUUAGAAAAACGAAACCUUGAUUUGAGUUCAGAAAAUAAUGAGGAUCAAAAUCAGAAUGUGAGUUUAGAAAAAAAUGAGAAUGAAAACCAGGAGAUAAGUUUAGAACAGAAUGAGCGAAGUGAAAUAGAAAUACCUUUUAUUAAUGAACCAACUGAUGAUAAUCAUGUACUUCAAGGACUUGCAAAUAUUCAAAAUCCACCAAAAAUUUAA